CAGCCAAUGCGGCAAGACUGUUAGAAAGGAGUCAAAAGGCCAUAGAGUGUUAGAAACUCCACUGCCUGUUAGCUUAAACAAACAGAACAUCGCCGUGCCCGAAAUGGAAGAAGAAGAAGAAGAAGAAGAAGGAAAAGUAAUGUCAGAUUUUCUACCAAACGAAGUUGUAAUCGAAAUUCUCGCAAGACUCCCAGUGAAGACAGUGGCGAGGUGCAGGCGCGUUUGCAAAAAGUGGUGUUCUGUGAUCUCCGGCAAUUCCUUCAUCACCACCCACAUCAAUCGAUCUCUCUCUACAAGCCGUGACAACAGUAAGAGCAGCAGCCUGCGUCUCUUUCAGUCCAUAAAAACAAAAAGCAUUAGUGAAGUGAUUACUAGACACUACGAGCACAUUAGUAUGUGUUCGGAUGACGAAUCAUUUGGAAAUAAUAAUAAUUUCAUCAAGGUGAAAUCUUGUCCACUUUUCUGCGGUUGUGGUAUCAGUAAUUAUUCCAACAUCGUGGGUUUUUGCAAAGGGGUAGUCUGUCGGGCUUUUGAUCGUCAUUUUUACGCCAAUAGUUAUGUUCUAUGGAACCCUUCCAUUGAUCGAGCUCUUGGACUUCCACAGCCUAAUAUUGCUAGAGGGAUUCCAUAUUAUGAAGUGAAGAACUCCCACGGAUUUGGCUACGAUCCUUCUAGUAAUGAUUUUAAGCUGGUCAGACUUGUAUAUCUGGAAAGGCAUUACAUCGACUCUCAACCGCUGGUUGAGAUCUACACUCUUAACUCUGGCUGCUGGCGUGCCAUUGAUUCUCCUCCUCAAUCAUAUAUUGUCAAGAAGAAUCGCUUAUCUACUUUCGUAAAUGGGGCAUCGCACUGGCUCGCGCACACUCCACUCGAUGCUGCGGCGGGCACCACCUUCCGAAAUGUCAUACUUGCAUUUGAUAUGGGUAAAGAGGUUUUUCAUGAGAUUGAAGUGCCCAGCUGCUUUGUUCGGGAGUCUCAUUUGAACAUGACUGUUGGGGUACGUGACGGAUUACUUUGCCUAGUCCCGCAUAAUUAUAAACGAGGGGAGAAACAGUAUAUUUCUGUAUGGAUCAUGAACCACUAUGGUAUUGGAGAAUCUUGGAGCAAGCUAUUCGAUAUUGAUAUUAGUCAACGACUACAGACGGUGGUAGCCUUCAGGAAGAACGGGGAAGUUCUAAUUACCGACAAAGAUGGGGAGCUUCUUUCUUACGAACCGAACACGCAACAAGUAACUCAUCUGGGAUUCCAUAGACGUUCUUCAUCCGACUCGGAGAGAUGGGAGACAUAUUAUGGCGAGAGUGCCUUUUUCAUGGAGGCAUACUCAGAGAGCCUUGUUCUACUAAACAUACCAAAUGCUGUCUCGGAACGAAAGGAAGAAAAGGUAGAUCAGCACUUGCAAAAUUGUUAGUUUUUGCAGAA